GUGAGAGGAAAAUGGUUAUGUUAUGUCUGCAAGUUUAUUGCUUUAUAUUUUUCAGGCUAGAAGUGUGUCAGCAUAAUUGGCAAACAUUAGCUAAUGGAACAGAUCGGAGGAAUAGAAACUUAAUUUUAUAGUACAUGAACCUUUAAAAUGGAGGCAUCUGGCUUCUGCUUUCCUGAAAUACAGGAAAGGCGAACGGUUGGGUUUUGUCUGCAUUUUUUGUUUUUUAAUACAUUGUGGCUGAUCUUAAAUAUUUUAGUUCCAGAAGGCAGAAUCUGAUCUGGAUUAUAUUCAACACAGACUGGAGUUUGAAAUAAUGAAAAGUCUUCCUGAUAAUCCAGCAGCAGAGGAAAAUCCAUUUGCUCUCUUGGAAGAACUCUCAGUGCUGAAAUCUCGUUAUAAAACAUUAUGUAUGCAGCUGGAAAAAAUUUUCGUAGAGCAGAGAGAAUCCAUGAAGGGCAUCCGUGCUGCUCUAGAGAACACAAUGAAGAUGGUUCAGGCAUUACAGCAACAUGCUGAUCUUGAGCGCUUACCUCUGUCAGAAGAACAGACUGCAGCACAGCAGUUAACCUGCCAAACUGUUAAAGAAAUGGAAUUGCUAGUGGAACAGCCAUUUUGUUCAGGAUCUACAGUCCCUGGCUCAGCUGAAGAGCAGCAUUGAGUGUUUUCGCAGAUGAACAAGAUGAAUAUGAAAGCCACUGACUCAAGAAUACGAAUCUUGAAAGAACUUGCUAUUGCGGAACUUGACAAACAAGGAAAUGUUAAAUUAGUUGUG